GACAGACAUCGUACCCCUCUCUUUUGACGCAUGCGUAUUAAUAUUUGAUCAGCCAUAUUGGUACUCGAUCGUGUCCCAGUGUUUCUUUAAGAAAAUCAGCAUAUAACUUAAAAUCAAAAUGACCGACUCUCUGAAGUUUGGACCUGAAUGGUUGCGCAAUCUAUCUCAGGAUGGACCCAGUGCAGGCUCCGGUGGAGGGGGGCCUAAAUAUCAACUGGCAGAACAUCGUUAUGGGAGAGAAGAAAUGUUGGCAUUGUUCGACAAAACCUUAGGACAGCCAGAGCUAUUAGGAAAAUUCAAAUCUUUAUAUGUAGAACGUUUACAGCCACCCCUCGCCUUAGCACCGACACAAGAAGAUGAAGCCAAUCUAACUAAUAGAGGAGGAUGGCCCAGCAGACCAUUAACAGGGGGUGGAUCAUCAUCAAUUCGAGGAGGCCGUGGAGGGGGCGUCUCUGUAGAUAGGGGCAGAGGCCGUGGGGUCAGGGGAAAUGCCUAUCAUUCCCAAAACAUGAUGGGCGGCAGUGGUGUUCCACAAUUGGGCUCCUCCUCAUAUCCAAGAUCACAGAGCGGCUUUGAUCCAGAUGAUGUUGGCAUACGCAUUGGAAGGCCUAGGCCCUGGGCCGAACAAAAUGGCGAGGCGGAAUGGAAUGGCACAACGAGCCCUAGAAAAGAGUUUAAUCCAACAGGCCGAGCAAACACGGAUAAUUGGAGGAGACAUCGCGGCACGGAUGAUGAUGACGGGUGGCGAAAUCAACCUGAACAGAGGAGAACUGAAAAAUGGGGUCGAGGUGGUGGUACAUCAUCCAGCUGGCGCGAUGGAGACACCUCUGGCGGAGGGCAAGAAGGUGGCCCUGGUGGUGACCGAGAACUUUUAUCCAGGGGCAUAGAAAGACUAGAGAGAGAACUCCGAGAACGAGGAAGCGGAGGGAGUGCGAGUGACAGAGGUGAUCGAAUUACUCAUAACUCACAAAGUAGUGGAGCAUCCGCGGUCGCCAGAUCAUGGAAUGCUCGGAAACCUUGGGAUGUCGAUGACAUAUUACCUGAAUGGGCCAUGGAGAAUCCGUCCGAAUCUGGUGGUACUUUUGAUGCCUCUGGAGCUUUCCAUGGCUCCGAUGACGAAAACGAAAGGUCCUCUAGACUUAAUCACUCGCACUCCACAAAUAAUAUACACAGUUCUCCUAGACCUGCUACAUUGUCUAGGUCUCAGACUCAAGGUAGCAUUUUGAUCAAUAAGCACUCCAACAGUAGUAACAACCAGGAUACCUCAAAUUCAAAGCACCGUUUGAAAGACCACUCAGCGACAGAAACAUCACAUUCUGAUGAGGAGAUGGGUUAUCAAAAUCGAAGAAGUGAAGACACACGACAAUCAAAUAGCGCCCGCAAAAUAAAACCUGAACGUGAAAUAAGCAUAGAGCAUUUGGAGCCAGAUCAAAAAUCGCCAGACACGCCUAAUCAAAACAAUAAGAUACUCGAAGGCAACAACAAGACGGAUUCAAAGAAGCAGCAAGAUAAUAAUAGUAAGAACAAACCGAGUGCUGAAACACCAAUUAAAAAGAACGGUUCACCUAAGAAAAGUAUUAAAAUAAAAGAUGACAGUGAGCAGGUGCAGAAAAUGAACGACAGUAAUAAUACAAGUAGAAGCAAUAAUGAUGGUUAUGUUGAUGAGCGCAGCUCGGAGAGCCCUGUUGAUAAAAAAGAUGAAUACUCAAAAACUGCAAAUUGUACUCAGGAGGAGGAGGAUAUUAUCAAGAGGCCAGACAUUCCAAGGCAAAGUCAACCUCAACACGAUGAGUUUGCAAGGAUGCAAGAAGUUGCCGAUGAUCUAGUUGCACAUCUUAUGAUGGAUGAUGAGAGAGCACCUCCAGCCAUGACGACAGUUCAGCAACAAAUCAUACAGCAGAGUCUUCCUGUGUCUUCUAUGGUAGCGCCUCCCAUGACACUUCCACCAAAUCUGCACGGGGUAAUGCCUUUAUUGCCUCCUACGCAACCUGUGGUUAUGUCUGUGGUUGGUAGCGAUAAGUGGUUUUAUAGGGAUCCUCAGGGAGAGGUGCAAGGACCAUUCCUGGCCAGUGAAAUGUCAGAGUGGUACCGUGCUGGUUAUUUUACGAACGAACUUCUCGUACGAAGGGCUUGUGACGACCGAUACACAACCCUUGGGGAACUGGUUAAAGUCUGUGGCGGUGUAGUGCCAUUUAAUCCAUCCGUCAGACUGCCCCCAUUAAAGGUUGAAACAUCAGUUCUCAAUUCGAACGGUCUACAGUCACCUUUAACCACUCAGCAAACGAAUCCUGCACUCAUUCCUGGAACACCUCAAUACCGGCAAGCACAACUAUUAGGUCGACAGAUAGCAGCAAGACAGGAAGCUCACCUUCAGGUUUUGCGUGACCUGAGCAGAUCAGAGCGAUGGGCUUCAAUGACACCCGGAGAACAGAAUGCUGUCUUGAUGCAACAGUUGGCACAAAUUCCAUUCCCUGAUGCUUUUGCAACACCUAAUGUGCCUGCUGGUUUGGGAAUAGUUCCGCCUUCUAUACCUUUAACACAGCCUACAACGGUUCCUCAGCAUAAUCCUUUGUUACAGUUGAUUUCUCAAAUGCAACAGACGAAACAAACUGGUAACCUCAUCUCUCAGGUGCCCCCAUUACUUGAUCCAACAAAGCCGUCAGCGCUGGGACAUAUAGUGGCUGGAUUCCCAAUGCCUAGUGCAAUGAACCAUCUUAAUAAUCUCUCCUCGAAUCAUAUCACAGCUUCAACUUUGCAUCACCAGUUAGCAAAGAAAGGCUUUAAAUCAGAACAUUCCACCGCCCAUCAGUACCCCGGAGUCUCUGCUCAGUCAGACUUCAGAUCAGCAUAA